GCAUCUAUAUACGUUAAAGUUACAUGAAUCGGAAACCACCGAAAGAUAUUUUAGGGACUUAUGUCAUAGCCUACAGAUAAUUGCUGUUAUGUUAAGUUGUAUUUAAAAUCAGUGUAAUGACCGAUUAGUUGACUGAAAGUGAAAAUGACUGCCCCAAAAGCUUAAUGAGGUAAUCAUUGGAUCGCUCCAGCUACAAAGUGUUAGGUGUCAGGUGUCAGGGCGUGGGCGUGGGCGUGGGUAUCUAAUAUAUCCAUUUAUCGAAGUGAUUAUUGACUGAUUUGCAUUUGCAUGUAACCGGCAAUUGUCUGACGAUGCUUAAUGGCCUAUAAAAGCGAAUAGUUAGUCACAAGCCACUCAUUAAUUAUCACUAAAUCAAAUCGAAAUGAGACUAAUCGUGUUCGUUUGCUGCCUGUGGAUGGCUCGAAGUUUGGGGCAGUUGCCUCCUGAGAUCGAGAAAUGCAAGGCUGGCGAUUCCAUCUGCAUAGCGGAAACUGUCACCAGGAUUCUGCGCUUGUAUCCCAAGGGUCUGCCCUCCAUUGGAUUGGUUGGUCUGGACUCCAUUUGGUUCGAGGAUGUCGUCGUCAGUCGGUUGGAACCAGAUGGGUCAUCUACUUUGGAUUUGAAAUUCCAUAACCUAACCGUAAUAGGAUUCGCGGACUCCACAGUGGCGGAGGCAAAGGGAUUCGAAGCGGAUCUGCCGCGGGUCCUCGAGUUGAGUGGCUGGAUUCCAUUGCUGAAACUCAAUGGAUAUUACGAGAUGCGGGGCAGUUUGCUGACCAUGCCCAUUCAUGGCAAAGGUCAAGCCCAGGUGGAGAUCAGGGAAUGCCGCGUUCGCUGCAAGGUGCGGGUUUUGGAGGAUCUCCGAGACGAUGGCAAGCUAUACGCCGGAAUAUCCAAGGUCAAGUGCUUGCUGGAUGUGCAGGGCAUGCACUUGAAUUUCGAAAAUCUUUUCAACAAUCCUGAAAUGAGCGAUGCCAUGAACGCUGUGGCCAACACAAAGUGGCUGGAAAUUUGGCAUACCCUUCGCAGGGGUAUCACCUCUGCAGUGGAUCAGUUGGUCGAGUCGAUUCUCAAGCGAGUAGCUAACAAGUUACCAUAUGACGAUUUCUAUAGAGACUAGAAGUACCAUGCAUAUUUGGUUUAAGCCUAGCUCUAAAAACAUUUAUAAGAAAUGGUUAAAUAUUAUUUCUUAUUAUUACUGUUUUUCAAAUGUGUAUGGUCGAGCUUACAAAUCAAAAGCAUUUUCAAUUUGUUGUGGAGGAUGGCUUAAUCUGCAAGUAUUAUAUUUUAAUAAUAUUAUCCUGUGGACCACACUAAGAGUAUUCAAUUCAAUGUAUUCAUCUCAUUAAAUUAUUUUGGUCUUUGUUUAUGUCUCUUUCUUGCGGAUACGUGCAGAUACUACCUCUCAAUUCACUAUAAUAAUAUAAACGUUUUAUGAUGUAAUGGUCUAAAACUUGUUAAAGCUAUAAUAUAGCUUUAAAAUGAAUAGUUUAACUUUAAGAUUUGCCAUUGAAAAAAUGCAAUUCAGCUUGGCAUGUCUCGCAAUAGUAGAUUUCUUGGCUUAAGCCGAUGAAUUACGUAAGACUUUACAGAAUCUGUAAACGUGAUCCCACGAAUUUACAUUUUAAACAGCUACUGGGAUUGAAAAGUGAGAAAGCGGAGAUCUAUAGGAAACCACUGGACGGUUUUGAGAAUUUGAGUGACCAAAGGUUUUAUGGUAUUAGGCACAUCGCUAUGACCAAGAUUCAGAUCCGAGGCGUCCACAGAUUGAGAUACAUUGCCAAAUAACCACAGCACGGUUUCUAUUCAUAUCUUAAUUUCUCGGCUUCAUAAAAAAUGUUAUGGGUGAAUGCAAAUCUGAUUUUCAGAACGUUGGGUUUGUUGCUCAGUUCUUUCUUAAUGUCGAAAACAAAGGAUAUGCUUAGUCCUAGUAUUUUCAUAGAUCGGCAUAUUGAAAUCUUUUCUUAUUACACAGCACAGUUUGGUUUUUAGUUGGAUUCAGCACAAUAAUAAUCUCUUCGGGGACAACACUGAUCAUUCCGUGAUCGUUAACGAAUAUUAUUAGUAAUAAUUUUGAGGAGUAUUGGAUCGAUCUCGAACCGGAUUUCGUAAUUGUAAAACUAAAUGUUUCUUUAAAUCUGUUAAGUCAACUACGUUUACUUGAUUUCUGUGUUGC